CUGGGCGGGCGGGGGGGAAGCGCGGGGCCUGAGUGCGUGGACUACUGGCGGCGUCAGCGUCACCAUGCCAAAAGCACCAAAAGGGAAAAGUUCAGGACAGGAGAAAAAAAUUAUCCAUCCUUAUAGCAGAAAAGCAGCUCAACUUAAUCGAGAAGCUCACAAACAAGAAAGAAAGGAAAAGUUGAAGAAUGAAAAGGCUUUGCGUCUAAAUAUUAUAGGUGAGAAACUGCAAUGGUUUCAAAGUCACCUUGAUCCUAACAAAAGAGAGUAUUCAAAGAAAGAUGCUUGUGAACUAAUAGAGAGUUACUUACAUCGGUUCAACAGUGAACUGGAACAGAUUGAGUUGCUGAAUAGCAUCAAAGGCAGACAGGGAAGGAGGCACUUUUCUCGAGAAGCAGUCAUCAAACAGACAGUGGAACGCGAGCGGAAACUCUACGAAGGAUGCGGCAUGGAGAUUCCUGACAUUGUGAAUGUAAAACAUCUGAGAACUUUCAGGGAAUGGAAUGGUGAUCUGAAGAAACUGCCAAAUAUUAAGAUGAGAAAAUUUUGUGCUAAUGAUGGAGUUUCUGGCGAGGUUAAGAAGAAACAUGUUGUGCCUCCAGAGGAGGACGUGGGGGAAAUAGAAAGCAAAGAUGGGUCAGAUGACUCUGACGAGGAUAUGCCGGAGGUGGCCUAGUUCUAAUUAAUUUGACUGAGGGAGAAAUAAUUAUACAACUCUCAAGUAUUGCUGGUAAAUAUUCUGCUCAUACAGAUUUAUAGAAUCUCUUUCCUGCCCUGGUCUGUAAAGUAAUAUUUGCCAUAUUGUCUUAAAAGAAUAAGUCAUAUUUGAAGGGUGCUUAAUAUUUUAAUUUAAGCUAUUAAAAAAAGAACUGCAUGCUUUACUUGGAUGUAUCAGGAUAAAGAAAAAGGAACUGGCAUAUGAAUUGAGCUCUUUUUUUAUCACAUAGAAUAUCAGAAUCAGAAAGGAUCACCGGAUUCUUCUAAAUCAUACCCUUAACUAUGCAGGAAUCUCUUCUACAAUAUACCCAUUAAAUGGUCAUCCAGUCUAUGCUCAGAGAAUGAGGGAGUCAGUGAUUUUCAGAGUCAGCUGGAGCCUCUUGGGCUUACCUCUCAUUGUUAGGAAGGCUUUCCUUACAUCAAGCUACUUCUGGUUCUGAUUCUACCUUGUAGCUUAGCAUAGUGAGACUCAUUCCUUUUUACCAUGGUAGUUCCUGAAAAAUACUCCUGAAGUGAUGUCCUUCAUCACAUUUUUUGGUUAGGUUUAAAAAGCUUGUUUCCUUAAUAUGUUUACUCACACUUCAGGAGCACUGCUCAGAGCUGGGCUCUACCAAUGUCAAGACAAAGCCAACCCUUUCAUUAUUAUACCACCCUCCCUCCUUUUAUUAGGAAGUAGAAAAAAGUCUGUUUUGUAGAAGGAAAACAUUCAUCACUGACAUAUUAAUUGUUGCCUUCAUAAUCAAAGAGAGUAGAAAAGUUAAUAGGAACCACUAGUAUCUUAUUAUAUUAAUUUCCCUUCUUGCCAAGUUAAUCUGCCUACUAAGAGGGGCACAAAUGAAUUUGGAUUUUCUUCUCUUGGUGGUGUAUGGUUUUCUGAUUUCCCAUCAUAAAAUGUGAUGCAUGUUUCUGUAGCUAAAACAGUCUUAAUAAGUAAAAAAAAAAUUCAUAUUUACAUUCUUUCCAAGGGUUGGGAUAAAUUGACAGAUAGUAUGCCUUCCUUCAGAAUUAAAAGAAACACUAACAUUUGCUAGAAAUAUGAGAUUGUUCAGUGGUAUAACUUACAAUAUACUUCUAAUGUUUAUGUCAUGUAUUCAUAACAAAAAGUGAAUUGUUCAGGGAAAGAGAGAUUGAGAGAUUAUUUUUGUUAACUAUUAAAGCAAUUUGUCAGUGCUAUAAAAAUAUA